CAGCGACUCCAGCAGCAGCUCCAGAGUCGCCAGCGCGGUCGGUGCAGUCGACAGCCGUCCCAGCACCUGCGUCCCAGCUGCUUCCAUCUCUGGAGAAGGAUGAACCUCGGAAAAGUUUCGGGAUCAAGGUUCAAAAUCUUCCAGUGCGCUCAACAGACACAAGCCUUAAAGAUGGACUUUUCCACGAAUUCAAGAAGUAUGGAAAGGUGACGUCGGUGCAGAUUCACGGGGCUUCUGAGGAACGGUAUGGACUGGUGUUCUUCCGACAGCAGGAGGACCAGGAAAAAGCACUAAAUGCCUCAAAAGGAAAACUUUUCUUUGGCAUGCAGAUUGAAGUCACGGCCUGGAUAGGACCAGAAACAGAAAGCGAGAAUGAAUUUCGUCCUUUGGAUGAAAGGAUAGAUGAGUUUCACCCGAAAGCGACAAGAACCCUCUUCAUUGGCAACCUGGAGAAAACUACCACCUACCACGACCUCCGCAACAUAUUUCAGCGCUUUGGUGGGAUAGUGGAUAUCGACAUUAAGAAAGUGAACGGUGUUCCUCAGUAUGAAUUCCUGCAGUACUGUGAUAUUGCAAGCGUGUGUAAAGCAAUUAAGAAGAUGGAUGGGGAAUAUCUUGGAAAUAACCGGCUCAAGCUGGGUUUUGGAAAGAGCAUGCCUACAAACUGCGUGUGGUUAGAUGGUCUUUCUACAAACGUUACGGAUCAGUAUUUAACUCGACAUUUCUGCCGAUACGGGCCUGUGGUGAAGGUGGUGUUUGACCGCUUAAAAGGCAUGGCCCUGGUUCUCUACAAUGAGAUUGAAUAUGCACAAGCAGCUGUAAAAGAGACCAAGGGGAGGAAAAUCGGUGGGAAUAAAAUUAAGGUGGACUUUGCGAAUCGAGAAAGUCAGUUGGCGUUUUAUCAUUCCAUGGAGAAAACGGGUCAAGAUAUCAGAGACUUUUAUGAAAUGCUGGCAGAAAGAAGGGAUGAAAGAAGAGGAUCGUACGAAUAUGCCCCGGACCGUACUUACUACGAGACUGUUCGGACUCCAGGGACAUAUCCCGAAGAUCCUCGGCGAGAAUACCCAGCUCGAGGCAGGGAAUUUUACGCGGAGUGGGAUCCUUACCAAGGAGACUACUAUGACCCACGAUACUACGACGACCCGCGCGAGUACAGGGAUUACAGAGGCGAUCCAUACGAGCAAGACAUCAGGGAGUACAGUUACAGGCAACGGGAGCGGGAGAGGGAGCGGGAACGGUUCGAAUCUGAUCGGGACAGAGACCACGAACGGAGACCGAUUGAACGGAGCCAGAGUCCGACGCAUUCCAGGCGUCCGCAGAGCCCUGGGGCGUCUCCCUCGCAGUCGGAAAGGCUGCAGAGCGAUUCGGAGAGGAGGAUUUACAGCAGGUCAUCGGAUCGCAGCGGCAGCUGCAGUUCUCUGUCUCCUCCGCGAUACGACAAACUGGACAAAGCCCGCGUGGAACGUUACGGAAAAAACGAAAAAACAGAGAAGGAGCGGGCUUUCGACCAGGAGAGAGUCGACAAGGAGAAACGCUUGGUGAGAAAGGAGAAGCCGGAAAAACUAGAAAAGGAGAAAACCGAUAAGCAAAAACGAAAAGCGAAAAUCCAUUCGCCCAGCUCUCAGUCUUCGGAAACGGAUCAAGAGAAUGAGAGAGAGCCCAGCCCUGAAAAAUUGAAGGGUAACAGUAAACAAAGCAAAGAGAGAGGUGACAAAGAAGGGACAGCUAAAAACCGCCUGGAAUUAAUGCCCUGCGUCGUCUUGACCCGAGUGAAAGAAAAGGAAGGGAAAGUUAUUGAUCAGCCCGCUCUGGAGAAGCUGAGGGCAAAGCUCGAUAAUGACACUAUGAAGUCCCCGCUGCUUGAACAAAAACCACAGGCAUCUCAAGCUGAGCAAACCAAGUCCGACCAGUCUAAACUGGAACCUGUCAGAACCAAGGUACAAAAAGAGAAAGCCCUUGCCAGCCAUGUAGAAGUGGUGGAUAAGGAAGGAAAACUGAAACCCAAAAAGCACUUGAAGACAGAGCAAACUUCCGAGGGGGCCAACGCGGUAGAUUUAGACAAGUUGGAGGCUCGUAAAAGACGUUUUGCCGAUGCAAAUCUGAAGCCUGAGAGGCAAAAACUAGAAGCCAAAAGAAGCAGCCAGGAUGAGGAAGAUGCGCGCGUGGUUUUGAAAAAGCAGCUGGAUGCGACGGCUUCGUCUCGAGAAACGACGACCUCGAGGGAAGGAGAAUUGGAGAGAAAACCCCUGAGGAAGGAGAUGCUUAAAAGGGAAUCUAAAAAACUCAAACUGGAAAGACUCAUUCCUGUUACUAGUCCCAAAGAAAUUCAGGAGACCCUUAAUGUUGGUGGGAUUGGCAUGCGUCCCAGCCUAGAUCUGCAGGCGAGGCUCAUGGAGGCAGCUGAUGAGCCAGUGGAAGUUCAGGAGGUCUCUUCUAAAAAACCCAACCCAGUAAAAACCCAGCAUAAACAGGUACCGCUACUGGAUGAACAAGGAACAGAGAGAGAGGAUGCAAGGAAGAAUUACUCCGGUCUUCCUGAAGACACACCUGACCAUAAACUCGGCCAAGAGAAACCUCAGUCAGCUGAUACGGAGGAGAAAAUUGGCAUUGACAUUGACCACACGCAAAGCUACAGGAAACAAAUGGAGCAAAGUCGCAGGUUGAAACAGCAGCUGGAAAUGGAGAUUGCGAAGUCGGAGAAGUUCGGCAGUCCAAAGAAAGAUGUGGAUGAAUACGAAAGGCGGAGCUUGGUCCACGAGGUGGGAAAACCUCCGCAAGACGUCACCGACGACUCUCCACCGAGUAAAAGGAAAAAGACUGACCAGUUCGACUUCGAAAUUAGCACUAAAAGAGAAAGAAACUACAGAAGUUCUCGUCAGGUGAGUGAGGACUCCGAAAGGACGUCCUGUUCCCCAAGUAUCAGACACUUCCCUUUCCAUGAAGAUGACGACACGCUCGAUUCUCCGAGGCUGAUGCCAUUAAAGGAAACCAAAGAGUCGCCUAAAAUAGAAGAAAAGGGUCUUUCGUACUCCAACAUGACUGUGAGGGAGGACUCGCUGAAGUUUAAUCCUUACGACUCCAGCAGAAGGGAGCAGAUGGCGGAAAUGGCUAAAAUAAAACUAUCUGUGCUGAGUUCGGAAGAUGACUCCAGUAGGUGGGAAACCCAAGUGAAGCAGGAGCCUGGGAGAGUCGAUAUCAGCUUUCCAAGCAGCAUCGUCAAGAGAGACAGCAUACGCAAGCGAUCCGUCCGAGACCUGGAACCUGGGGAGGUGCCGUCAGACUCAGACGAUGACAGUGAAAACAAGCCCCAUUCCCCGAAAGCCUCGUCCUUGUUAGAGACUUCGAGGUUGUCUUUUUUAUUAAGGGACAGAGAAGAGAAGUUACGUGAAAGAGAGGAAAGACUGUCGAGUUCCUUGGAAAGAAACAAAUUUUACUCUUUUGCCUUGGACAAGACAAUCACACCAGACACAAAGGCCUUGCUUGAAAGAGCGAAAUCUCUCUCUUCGUCCAGAGAAGAAAACUGGUCCUUUCUAGAUUGGGAUUCAAGAUUUGCCAGUUUUAGAAACAAUAAAGACAAAGAGAAGGUUGACUCGGCUCCGAGACCUAUUCCAUCUUGGUAUAUGAAAAAGAAAAAAAUCAGGACCGAUUCAGAAGGUGGAAAACUGGACGAUAAGAAAGAAGAUCACAAAGAGGAGGAACAAGAGAGGCAGGAACUGUUCGCUUCUCGGUUUUUGCAUAGUUCCAUCUUUGAACAGGACUCCAAGCGCCUGCAGCAUUUGGAGAGGAAAGACGACGACCUUGACUUCAUUUCUGGUAGAUUGUACGGGAGACAGUCUUCCUCCGACGGGACUAACAGCGUGGCCGAGUUGGUGCAGGAGCCGGUAGUUCUCUUUCACAGCAGAUUCAUCGAACUGACGCGAAUGCAGCAGAAGGAAAAGGAGAAAGAUCAGAAACCAAAAGAAGUGGAAAAACAGGAAGAUAAAGAAAACCGGCCGAAAACGCCAGAAACGGUUCCUGAUAGUAAAGAACCGGAACAUAAAACUUCCUCGGUAGUCGCUCCGUCUUCGGUCGCUGUCCUGCCACAGGAAGCAGUGGUUGCUUCCGAGAAGGUCGCGAAUGAGAAGGUAGUGGUGGAAGCAGCUUCUGUAAAAGAAGAAAAACCAUCUGAACCUGCUUCUGCAGCGGAAGAACGAAAACCUUUUCCUGAACUUGCUGCUCCUGUCAAAAUCGAACCACCCGAGCAAACUGAAUCCCCGCCGGUCGUAGAAGCUAGUAAAGAAGUUGUUGCUACAACCCUGGCACCGGAGGAAGACGUUGUAGCAACUGAGCAUCCUUCAUACUUGGAUACCAAGCCUCCUACUCCGGGAGCUUCGUUUUCCCAAGGAGACAUCAGUGGAGACCCAGAACCUGAAGCUUCCCAGUUGAUUCCACCUCUGCCCAAGCUAGUUCAGAAGUCCGAUGAGGCUGCAGAACCUAAAGAAGAAAAUCCUUCACCUUCUGCCAACUCUGAUGUUAGUGCGAGUCAAAAGGCAGAGGUGGCUGCCGAGGUCCUGCCGCCGGUUUCCGACAACGAUAUGGAAGUCGAACCUCCGGUUGUCGUCAAAGACAAAAAGUCCUACAAGAGUAAACGCUCCAAGACUCCCGUGCAAUCGGCUGCAGCAAACGUCACGGAAAAGCCCGUCACGAGGAAGAGCGAAAGAAUUGACCGUGAAAAACUCAAAAGAUCGAGCUCUCCUCGUGGGGAGACGCAGAAGCUUUCCGAAUUGAAAGUGGAAGCGGAGAAGGUUUCAAGGAAUGCUGCUAAAUCCCCUAGUUCUGCUGCAGAGCCGGAAAACGUGGAGCCGAGCUUGCCGAUAGGCCGGACCAGGCGCAGAAACGUGAGGUCAGUCUACGCUACCACGGGGGACAACGAAGGCCCGUCUCCGGUGAAGGACUCCGUGGAGGUCACUAGAUCCACCAGGAAAAGAGGGGAAAAAGACCCGCAGGAAACAGUGGUAACCGUUCCUACGACCCCGAGGAGGGGAAGACCUCCGAAAACCCGCCGUAAGCCGGAGGAGGAGAUCUCUCCGAUAAAGACAGAACCGGUACAGCAAGAGGUGGUGGAGGAGGCUGAAACUAAAGAUGCUGUGGAAGCUCCUAAGCCUGCAGAAGGUUGGAGAUCUCCUAGAUCCCAGAAGCUAACGCACAGUCACUCAUCAGCUGCUCCCAGCCAGCAAGGAAAGAAAGGGAAGAACGAAUCGAAAGCCGAUACCCCGGUUGAAUCUGAAGAUGCUGCUGAAAGAAGCGGUCAAGAAUCGAGCGCCGGCGACAACAGCAAUAAAGCGAAAGCGACUGAGAAAGAGCCGGCGGCGAGCGAGCAGAAACGUGACAGGAAAGAACUGGAUGUGGAGAAAAACCAGCUAGAAAUCCCCACGGUUGAGAUCAUGGAGAAGAAGCCGGCACCAGAAAAGGUUACGAAAUCCAAAAGGGGAAGGUAUAAAAACACCAAAACGGUUGUGGAUAAAGCAUCCGUGUGUCUCAAAAAUGUAGAAAUACGCCUCAACGUGGACGAAGUCAAGGGCGCCUUGCGGCCGACCGAGGAGGAGGCGGAGCCGGCAGCCAUGUCGCCAGCCAAAAUGAAGAGCCCCCCAAAAGAGGACAUCUUGCCACCCCAUUUUGCUAAGAACGAGGUAGAAGAUUCAUUCCCAGAAACGGAAAAAGAGGUGACACGGGAACCAAAGCAGUCACCCGAAGCUGCCCAGUUAGCAAAACAGAUUGAACUGGAGCAGGCGGUGGAGAACAUCGCAAAACUCACCGAAACUCCUCCGUCCAUCGCUGCCUACAAGGAGCCGACGGCAGACGUGCCCGAAGUUCGUCAGGAGGAGGAAGGGGAUAAACCUGCGCAUCAGGCUAGCGAAACGGAGCUGGCAGCGGCCAUCGGCUCCAUCAUCAAUGACAUUUCGGGGGAGACGGAAAGUUUUCCUGCUCCCCCAACGUAUCCCGCAGAAUCGGAAGCCGAAAUCCCCGCGGAGCCUUUGGUGUUACCGUCACCUCGGGAGGAGAUGGAGCCCGAGACCGAUCAGGCGGUGAAUAAUAUCCUAGAAAGUGAGGCUGCCGUCGAACUGCAGCCGCUCCCUGGCUCUGCCCCCUCGGUGGUGGAGACGGAGAGCAAGGAGACCGAAGUCAGCUUCAGCGAGUCUUCCAACUCCGCGCAGGAGGCCGAGACCUUGCAGGAGACGGAAGUUGCUCGGAAGGAAAAAGGCCGUCAGAAAACCACGCGGCAGAGACGCAAAAGGAGCACGGGCAGAAAGGGCGACGCUGCCGAAGUCAACGCCUUCGAGCCGGAGAGGGUGCAGAGCAAGUCACCUCCCGCCAACGAAGUAAAGACGAAACCCGAGGAAGCCUCCAAGGAGGAGAAGCAAACUAAAACCGUGGCUCAGGCAUCCGUGGAGCCAAGUGCUUCCGACGCCGGCAAGGCCUCGGAUAUCGAUACGAACUCCAGCACUUUGAGGAAGAUACUCAUGGAGCCCAAGUACGUCUCAGCGACGAGCAUAACCUCAACGCACGUGACGACGACGCACGCCGAGCCGGUGAGUGCCCCUCGUUUGGAGGAGGCACCCCUCCACCCCGCCGUAGAGGCUAUAAAACCGGUUUCGGAGGAGAAGCCGGCAGUUCCCGUCACCAACUCCUUGGACCCGCCGGUGGCCGAAGCACCGGUGUUCGGUGAGAAGGAAAAGAUAAGCACCGUGAUUGCUCCCAAAGCUACUUCUGUGAUAAGCAGGAUGCCCCACAGCGUGGAUCUGGAGGAGGCUCCGAGGAUCACCUUGGUGAAGCAAGCUCCCCAAACCCAGACGUGUCUCGUCAACGCCCCCUCGCCGAAAUUCAAGCAGAGGUCAAGCACGAACGAUAACAGUAGGUUUCAUCCGGGAUCCAUGUCUAUUAUCGAGGAGAGGCCUGUAGAGACUGGCUCCAGUCCGGGGCUGCGGGUGAACACCUCGGAAGGCGUAGUGCUGCUGAGUUACUCGGGGCAGAAGACGGAAGGCCCUCAGCGAAUCAGUGCCAAGAUCAGCCAGAUUCCCCCAGCCAGCGCCGUCGACAUCGAGUUUCAGCAGUCCGUAUCCAAAUCCCAGAUUAAACAGGAACCCAUCACGCCAUCUCAGCCGACGCCGAAAGGCUCCCAGACCUCGGCGGGCUACGGGACUGUUUCCACCCAUUCUUCUUUGGUACUAGGAACGCAGCCUUACAACACGUCGCCCGUCAUCUCCUCCGUUAAACAGGAGCGCGCUGCGCUGGAGAAGUCCGACUCGUCCCACCUUUCUGGCCAGACUCCAGCGUCUCAGCCCAGUAAAGUCCUCACGCAGACCGUAAACACUCCACCCGUACUGGUCCACAACCAGAUGGUUGUGAACAAAAAACUGUCCGAUCCAGCUGCUCUCAAAGUGGAGACCAAGACUCUCCAACCCUCCAACUUGAGUCCCGGAGUCAGUCCUCACCACCCUUCCCUCUCUGGGAAGAUGCAUUCGGAAGCGAACCACGUCAGCUCAGGCCCCAGCACCCCAACUGACCGGGCUAUUUCCCACUUGGGGGUCACCAAGCAGGAGCCGCACUCGCCGCGUACCAGCGGGCACUCGCCGUCGCCGUUUCCGCGGGCUUGUCAUCCCGGCAGUACCUCGUCUCCGGCUUUAUCGAGCAGUACCCCGGUCAUGCUGGCGCCGGGAAUUCCUGUUCCUCAAUACAUGUCCAGCAUGCAUCCCGAGCAAUCUGUUAUCAUGCCCCCUCACAGCGUAACGCAGACUGUGUCCCUGGGCCAUCUGUCCCAAGGCGAGGUGAGGAUGAACACCCCUCCUCUCUCCGGCAUCCCUUACGGCAUCCGCCCGGAAGCGCUCCACUCCCCCCGAGCUGCUCUCCAACCCCAGAUAGAGAUCAAACCUCAGCGAUCCAGCACACCCCAGCCAGCUCCGAUACGGGACAUAGUCAUGCCUCCUCUGUCGUCUCAGCACGCUCCGGAGGAGGAGAUGCACUACCACCACACCACGGUGUGCCGGGGGCCAGCCCCCGUCCAGUCCGACGUGCUGGUGAUGCAACCGGAUUACCGCAUGCACGCCACGAGCAUCAGGCUCGACCAGUACAACGUCACCCGCGACGUCAGGAUGAUCAUGCACCCACACAUGGCCGCCGUGGGCGAGCACCACUCGGAAACGAGACAAUCCCGAACGCCCGAAGGGGCUGUGAAAACUCCUCCCGUCAGUAAGACCCCGCAGCCCGGAAAAGAGACGCCGAAAUCCUCCGAAGGCAAGAUGGCACACUCUCCUCACAGCGAAGCCCGGCUGCUCAGCGUCCCCUCCAGCAGCCAGCUGCCCGGACUGCCUUUGACGCAGCCGGUGGUGGUGCCGCACGGGGUGCAGAUCAUGCACCCCACCGGCAGCUCCUUCCACGAUUAUCGGUCCGUCUAUGGAGACAUGAGGAAUUACCAUACGGCGGCACAGCUUGGGCAUCCGCAGUUCCCGGGUGCCUCGCCGAUUGGGCUGCCUUCCCGGAGCAUGACCCCAUCUCAGGGUCUACCGGAGGGCGAACACUCGCACCCCAGCCAGCCAGUACGCAGCAAGACUCCUCAGAUCCCCCAGGAUCCCAAGGGCCCGCCGACAGCAGGACCCGAACAGAGUCACCACCCCACUGUAAAUAGGCAUGCGGCGCAGCUGGACCCUCACGUCCACCUUCAGAGGGCACAAGCGGACACGAGCCAGACCUCCUACCCUUCGCCCGUUGCCAUUUCCAUGAAACAGGAGCUUCCGUCGCCGCACCAACCUCAGGCGGUUCCCAAGCAAUCCAUGUUUAUCCCGACGACGUCGGGUCCCGGAGCACCUCCGGGAUUGCCCCUCAAUCGCCCUGAACCCCAGUCUGCUCUCAAACAAGAGCCGUCUCCUCACCCCGUUUCGCAGAGACCUGUGGAUAUGGUUCAGCUUCUGACG